AUGAGCAUCGCCCACGAAAAAGAACUCCACAUCAAUGAAAAUGGUGUCUAUCCAGUUGUCAAAAAACUCCCCUCCCCGUUAUGCUGCUUUAAAGUCAUGCACAUCAGGACCGGAACCCUGUGGAUUGCCUACUGCGAAAUUAUGUGGAUAGUAUCUCAAUGUUCGUUUUGGACAGCAGAAAGUAUAGUUCGUGAGGCCUUUCCUCCAUAUGUUAUAAUUGCCGGAUUCACCUUUACUUGCAUUCAAUUAGUUUUGGUGUUUUUCCUGAUCCAAGGAGUCCGGACGUUCCGACUAGCAUACAUCGAAGUCUACAUGAUAGGUGUUUGUUGUAGAAUGUUCAUGUUCCUGUCGUUUUUCUUGACGCUGUUAUUCUUUUUUAUCAUAGCAGAUGACAACGACGAAGAAAACUCGGAUCAAUUUUUCCACCGCUUCCUGAUCAUAAAAAUGAUAUUCACGUGCGUCUACACACUUCUGAAGGCGUACGCUUUGUACACCGCCUACCGGUGUUACUCAUACAUUGCGAAAACGCGACGCGCUAUUGUGCAUCUCACAAUUUUCGAAGAUCCUGGCAGAGACGUCUCCGUUGAAAAAUCAUUAGACUGGAUUCAACGGACCCUUGACGUAACAGCGAGGGUGAAUAGGAGGUUAAUUGGUAGGGUGAAUAGGGUUGCGAACGUGGAUUAG